GAAUGAUUUUUCGCCUCUUUUGUGGGAUUUCCCAGCCAUCAGUUAUUUAAACCUGACUCACCUUUCUAAACUCCUUGAUCAUUCGUUACACUCUGUUUUUUACACCCACAAUCAUCGCUGCUAGCAACCACUUUUCAUCUCAAACUCCCAUCACCCCUUCACAUUCGUUAACAUCUCUCAUUCAUACUUCCCAAGCACUCUUUGAAGUUGAUUCUCCAAGCUGAACAACAUGUCUGUGAGCGAAGUCAACGCUGACUUGCGGGACCCAGGAGGAGAGAGUGGUCAUCGUGGGGUUCAGCAUCGAACGCUCACGCCUGGCAGUCAGGAAACUCACGCUGUUGCAUCGCAAGCAGAGGAGACCCUUCAUCAUGGCGGCAAUCUCUCGGCGUUUUUGCCGCUUGAUUCACCCCCAAAUAACCAGAUUGAAGGCGUCUCGCCGCUUAACGGGUCCAACUCGAGCGAGCUCCUUCCCUCUUCCUUCCAACCUCUUCGACCCCCUCAGACACGUGAUCCCUCCUUUGGCAAUACUCCAAUUUCCAGACAACCUGAAGAAGAAACAACUCACACUGACAACCCUGGCAUAGCUACAUCUUCUCAGAGGAACAAUAGGAGUGAAAGCACCAAUCGACAACUGUCAUCGUCUUCCGUCCUUGAGCCGUCGUCUGAGACUCAUCAGCCCGAGCAGGAUACUCAGGCGCGUGACCGUAUCAGCCCCCAUCCUCAGAGACCGGAUGAGACUUUGACCGGUCCACCCACUGCCGGUUCUAACCAAGGCGAGGAGCUUGAUCAGAGUGAAUCUUCAGACGAAGAAUAUUACAAUCCUUUUGAUUACGGCACAAUUGAGCUCGUUCUGCCGAUUGAACCUUACAGAAUUCUUACUGAAGAUUGGGGCACAUUGUCACCUGGCGGGCAACACGUUAUCAUUGACGACAUUCAAUUUCAAGUAAAUCAAUCACAGUUGACUGAACAGCCAGCUCGUGCCACUCCUACUGCCACUCCCGCACCACAGUCACCUGGCCGAAUUCGACGGCUGCUGUCCAGGUACGUGACACAGAUGAAAAUCAAUUGAUUUGCAGAAACUGAGAGACUAGUAGAACCACUCGUUCAAUCCGCUCUAUUUUGCGUCCUCGUCGUUUCUCCCUACGAAGGCUCUUCCAAGGCCGGCGUCCCACGCAAAGUUUCUCGCCGCGUCUGCCUCGACCGCGUCCACAGGGCUCUCGCACAGCCAGAGGAACUCCUUUCGAAGGUCCUCCUGGAAG